AUACUGCAAACCCUUUGUUACCUGUUCUGUUUGGGAUUGUAAAUAUAAAUGGUGACAGACCAAUACAGCAGCAGAUAGAGGAAAUUAUCAGCCAUAAAGAAAGGCACCCACACCCGCUGGCUCAGAUGACCAAGGAAAAAUUGUCUGAAUAUCUCCGAAGUGUUACAGUCAUGGCUAGUGUAUUUCCAUCACCACUUCACAACCGGAUCGGAACGAAACUGUUGAAUAUCGCAACACAAGAACAGUUUGAUUUUAUCUGGGAAGAGCCUUACAAGAGCUGUCGUUUGCUGAUAAAAGGAUUUCCUGGGACUGGAAAGACCAUCAUUGCACACCAGCUUAUUCGUAAGCUGUUCAACAACGGGGCAAAACAGGAAGAGAUUUUAUAUCUCACUCCGCAUGUUACAAGUCGUUCUCAAGCAGAAAAAAAGAAAUGCUGUGUAGCAUUGACACCAGAAGCAUUGGAGAGGGACAUGGCCAAUCCAACACGAAAGAUACUGUAUCAGGCCAUCAAGCACAUCAUUGUUGAUGAUGCUCAGUUGAUCUGUGCUAGUAAAGAGCCUGGGGACACCAAGUGGUUUUUCUUUCUAGAAGAUCUUUGGAAGAAGAGAAGAAGAUCAAACAAUGAUAGCAUAUUCUGGAUGUUCUAUGGGGAGCAUACAUAUCGCAUCAGUGAUACAAGAAAUAUGGAGAUAUUCCACGAACAUUUCGAACAAGAAAGAGAGCUACAGAAAAUCAUUAGAAACUCGCACAAAAUAGCCAGAUUUGCUGCCAGGUAUUCUGAAAAUCAGAAAUACAAAGAUGCUGUUGAUGACAUCAUGUCUGUCCAUGGUUUUGAGGGACAGGCGGUUGUCUGCAAAGAGGUCCCAUUGUCUAAUGAUGCACAGCGUGUCCAAGCUGUUGGUGAGUUCUUGAAUGAAGUACUCUUGGAAGGUUACAACUUGGAAGAUGUAGCUAUUUUGUUUUCUAGAAAAAAUGACAUUCCUUCUAUACUUAACUGUAUAAGUUCAAAAGCAGAAUAUUCAUGGAUAUCCAAAGAAAAUCUUAAAAGUAAAACCAUCACUACUACUAAAUCAGCAGAACUGCCAGAAGUAGGAAAUGUCCAGAUAUGCAGUGGCUCUGACAAUGACAUUACGGGACAGGUUGUGGUGGACACUAUCCGGAGGUACUCGGGACUUGACCGACCUGUCGUCCUAGCUGUAAACCCGUUUGUGGCAGACUAUGAUCGUUACACUAGUAUCAAUGAUCUUUAUCUUAUCAUUGCCACCAGACCUAUUGCUAAACUAGAAGUAUAUAGCAAUAAAGCAAAAUGAUGAUUGUAACAGUCAGAUCCGCCUGAUGGUGGCACCUCAAGGAGGAGAGGAGACAGCAGUGAACCCAACGUUUGUAACUCAUUUUAGAUCUUGUUCGAGUUAUUUACCUUUAACAGUGUCAUGACUAGACCCAUGCAAUUUUAUUGGGUACAAAUUUUCAACCUAUCACAAUUAAAGUCGUAAACUUGAGAUCACUCACUUAUAUUUUGUAGAACAUAUUUCCAAACUGAUCUCUGUCUAAGUAAAGACUCGGACUACUAUAGCUUUUCGCUUUUAGUUCACCUGCCCAAAGGGCAAGACAGCUCAUCUUGUGGUGCAACAGUCAAAGUUUGUCCAUCCUAUGUCAACUUUUCCCUCUACAAAAACAUUAUCUCAUUAACCAAAUGUUAUCCUUGGAAUUGUUUUCACCUACUGUCAAGACGACUUUCAUUUAGAAUCUAAGAGCUUAUAUUCUUCUGAAAACAACGUAAAUCCAGUGGAUAGAAACAUAAGUGUUUCCGAGGAAAAGAGUCUGUCCUGUGCAAUACCUGUUCAAAGCCGUGACUAACCAUCGUAUAU